UAUCCAGCACUCUUGCCCCGCGGUUAUUACAACUGUACAGGAGAAAAAUGUGCAGGAUUCUCAAUCAGCGCCGCUUGGAGUAUUAUCUGAAUCCUCAAUACGACAAACGUCCACUAUACUCUACAGGUGACGUCGUUUGGGUUUAUGCUUCACCACCGGGCACGGAUAUCUGGCUGAUCUACGAGGCCAAGGUUAGCAAAUUGCUUACGUUGUCGUCGCGCUAUCGUGACGAACAACUGGAAAUGGAACCUUGUUUGCCGAUGUACGAAGUGUCACUGCCAUGGUUACUAUCAGAACCAUUGGUGCGCGUAACUGACGUGUUCUUCGAGAACCACAUGUACAAUCGACAGCGGCUGACGGCCGAAGAGAUGCUGUGCAUUAUCGGCGAGAACAAUCAGAUUGUACUAAGCGAUUUGUCCGAGGCGGAACGACUAUUGGUCCCUCGUGACGGCUUGGUGUUCCUGGGCACCUCACAGAUGGCCGCACUACGGGACUAUGUCGCUAAAACGGGCGGAAUGACGGAAUCCGAGCAUACGAACUGCUGCGACUCGGAUUCGGAAAUCGACUGCAGUCUUUCUGUUACAGCGACUUGUCCAGAGUCACCUUCUGGUUUACUCCCAGCAGUUAUGGGUUCAUCGUCUUCUCGGUCUCGUGUGCCGGAUGACGAGAUGGAGGUGUUCUACGAUCCCGUUUCUGAGGACGAUACUUUCCAUGACGCUUUGGACGAGACGGAUCCUGCGCCAGCAGACCAGAAAUCUUCGCGGAACGAUGAGGAGGAAUCACCAUCCUGCAGUAAUAGAAGGGACUGCCUCGGUUCCCGCCCUGGGUCUUCUUGCUUUUCGUGGUCUUCGGAUUCCUUGGAACUUUCGUCAGAUGGCGACCUCUCGGAUAACGCAGGUGUAUCCAUGGACAACUCAGUGCCGUCCUUCACGAUCGCUUUGGAAGAGAGCCACAACACUUUUGACUGUUCACUCAUAUCGGAAAAAUCCCAGUCAGUUACAACGGAUCAGCAGCAUCCGAUGAACGCAAGCCUUAUGGAUCCCAUCGAGAAUCCUGGUGUGCUGAGACCCGACGCAGAUCUCACCGGGGACUCUUCCGCGACUACUUCUAGUUCAGUUGGUAUUGUGGCUGCCCAAGACGAGGAAAUGGGAACUGACCGUGUUUCGUUGGAACGGUCAAGUGAGCCUCACGUGAACGCAGCGGGAUCUUCAACCUAUGAAGCCAUGCCCCUGGCCAUCACGGUUGCUCCUGUUGAUCCCCAGCCGUUGGAUCAAGCGGGUACUCCAACAGUCCCUGGUCAUGCUGGAUGCCAGAGUGGUUCGCAACGGACGAUGGAGCGUAGCAGACGCCGCACCAAGCUGACUGGUAGUGGACCGGUUGGAACGGCCGCUAAACCGUCUGCAAAACGUUCCCAACCAUCGCGGCAGCGGCCCGCACAUCCGGCAGCCAUUUACACUCGAGCGGCCAAUUUCAAAAAAGGGCAAAUCGUCUAUUUCCCAGCGAAGCCGAUAGCCAACCAGCCGCCAUACUGGUAUUCAGGACGAAUUGUCCAACGAGCACUGGACACCGACGACCGGCCGUGCUAUCGCGUUCAGUACGCUUACGGAGACGUGUCCCAAGAAAAACCUCGGCGCUUUUACAAGAAAAUGGAGUGGAUCUCGGCUAGCGUCUUGAAGGCGGAUGGUGCUGGUGCACGGCAGACGGUGCAGCACGUCAAUCAGCGUUAUCACGCUGUUAUGAGCCGGAAGAAUGACAAUGGCCGUCGCACCGGUGUGCAACCGAAGCGAGUGUAGUGUGUCCAUGCGGAGACUGUUGGGAUGUUCUUUCGUAACUCGUUGUAUUCUAAUGUAGACAUUGCCAUUGCGCUUGUUUGUUUUUCUGUUUUGGAACAUUUCCGUUUAUUUUUGCGUCAAUCCCGCAUAGAUCUUAUUAUCUUUAUGUAUGCUUAUGUGCUACCGUACAUAGUAAUCUUUUACAAUUUCACCAAACUAGAACUUACGUCGUUACCGUUUUUGAAAGCACCGAUGUGAGUGAUAUUUUUUCAUACAGCGCGAAAACUCGUAUUUCCGUUUGUGUAUUAGUA